UGCUAGGGAGACGGGCAGGUGCGGAUGGGCGACAGCGGGGACUCGAAGCGGGCAGACAGGCAGGUGCGGGCAGGCGACUGCGUUACGUGCGGAUGCGGACUGCGGACGGCCGAUGGCUGCAGCGGCGGAGAUGCAGGAGCUGCUCCACGACAGGUGCGGACGGCCAAGCGGAGAUGCAGGGGCGGCUCCGCGGCAGGGGCGGCCGGCCGGUGGACUCUAGCAGAGGAGCAGCCAAGCGGAGCUCGAGAUGGAUUCUUCAGAGCCUACUAAAACAAAGGGCUCUUUUCCUUCAAAAAGAAGAAAGCAGGGCUCUUUUUCUGAACGCAAGAAAAGAAGAAAGGGCUCACGCUGUCAACGAGAUGGCGAUUCUCAGGCUGCCAAAGUAAGGAGACAAUCAAUCCCUCAACUUCCAGAGGAUAUCUUGGGCUAUAUACAUUGCCUAAUGCCAAUUCGUGAAGCUGCUCGUGCUGCUUGCGUGUCUCAUGCCUUUCUACGUUCCUGGAGAGGUCGUCCACAUCUCAUCUUCAAUGAAGAUAUGAUUGGCUUGAAGCCGAGUGUGUGUCGCAUCAACUUCUGCUGUGAAAUUGACACCAUUAUCAGGAACCACUCUGGCAUUGGCGUGAAAAUAUUCAAGCUUGAUUGCAGUUACAUCUGUGAAGUCGAUGAUAUCAGUCGUUAUCUCGACAGUUGGCUUCAGAUUGCUGUUAAACCAGGGAUCGAAGAACUCACUCUCAUGGUGCGUGGCACCAAGACACAGUACAACUUCCCAUGCUCAUUUUUAUCUGAUGGGAUUCGGAACUCAAUUCGAUACCUUAAACUUCAUUGUUGUGGCCUCCAUCCCACAGCUGAACUUGGCCCGAUCAGAAGCCUAACAAGUUUGUGCCUGUGCUCUGUGAGCAUUAAUGGGGAUGAGCUAGAGUGCCUUCUUUCCAACUCUCUUGCUUUGGAGCAGUUGGAGCUCACUCUUUGUCCAGAUAUAGUAAGGCUGAAGAUAUCUCGUGCCCUGCAGCAGCUUACCAGCCUUCGUGUUUGUCUAUGCCUCAAUCUGACAGCGAUAGAGAGCAAGGCUCCAAACCUCUCUAGUUUCCUCUAUAGAGGAUUCACAGGUUUCUCACUUGGGGAAACAUUGCAAAUGAAGAAGAUGGACAUGGAUGGUCCAAAUGCUGUCUAUUAUGCUCGUACCGAACUGCCCUCCAUUAUGCCAAAUCUUGAAGCUCUUGUCAUAGGAUCACCAAUUGAGUUUCUCAAUACGCCAAUGCUGCCUACCAAAUUCCUCUUCCUCAAGCACCUGACCGUUCAUUUGCCAUCGGCAUCAGGAAGGACGAAGCCCUUUCUCGUGCCAUAUGACUAUUUCAACCUGGUUUCUUUCCUUGAUGCGUCUCCUUCCUUGGAGACUUUGAUACUAAAUGCGACUCCAUGUUGUAUGGAGCAUGAAAAUUCGAUUCUUGCAAAUGCCUCACAUCUGAGGCACAUGCCUGAACACCGACAUGACUGCCUGAAGAGCGUUAAGAUCAGUCAAUUCAGCUCUGAGAAGAGCUUGGUUGAACUAACAUUCUACAUUCUCAAGAAUGCGGUGUCACUUGAAUGUCUUGCACUGAACACCAAUCAUGGUAAUCAUAAGUGCCAUCUACAAAUAUAUGGAAAGUGCACUCUCAGGACAGCUGAUAGAGGGCUCUUGGCUAUCAGAACACACAUAGAAGAUAGAGUUCCAGCUUCAGUCAAGUUGACUGUUCUGUAGCCCUGCAGCUUCACUCUCAUGGCAGAAGUCACUAUAAAUCGUGCAGUGUAUAAUUGUUUCGUUUUAAGUUUAGAUUAAACAUGCUUUGUUUCUUGAACCAUCGAAACAUACAUUGAGGAUAAACAUAUAUAUUAUAUCAUAAAUGUUACUGUAGUCGUGCAAUA